GUCUGUCUGAUUUUUUUUUUGGUAAAGACCGCAACAUUCAUUUGCGUCUUUUUGGUUCUGCCUUUGUAACCCUGUAUGCGUUUGAAUGGGAGAAGUCCGUUUAGAGUCCGAGUGAAAAAUCUCCAAGUGAACGAGGCAGAUAAGUUUCGUGGCAGUGCGGGCUUGGACGCCCAAAUUUAGACCAGUUGGAAUUACAACUACUUCCUACUCCUGCCUGGAAAAUCGGUUAUCUGGCGUCAAUAGGACGGAGCCUGUUUCUAUAGGCCACGCAGCGGACUUGCACAAAGAACACAAAGUGUGUAUGGAGCAGUGUGAGAAUGCCGCGUCUCUCCUGGCGUCCGUGCGCGAGCAGGAGAUGCAGUUUGAGCGUCUGACUCGAGCUCUCGAGGAGGAGCGUAGGAGCGUGGGGCCAUCCGGCACCCUGCCCCGCCCCCUCCCCACGCUGCAGAACGGGCGUAUCCCUGGUGAUGCAGAGUUAGAACGUCUCAAAAUAAACGAGGGAUAUAUCAACGGGACACAGUACAGGAUGUUGGACCCAGGUCACCUUGUCGCAGAGACGGUAACAGUGGAGGAGGAACCCCAGGAGACGAUACCAGUCAUUUCUGUUCAAACUAGUGAAGAUGGCACCACACGCCGCACUGAAACCACAGUCAAGAAAGUCACUAAGACCACAACCACUCGCACAGUUAUCCCCUCAGUCUCUGACACGCUCUCUCUGGAUGGCACUGGUUCUGUCACCGGUAUGAGCGGUUAUAAUGCCCCUAUAGACCGUGUGUACAGGCAGCCAGGACACAUGGACUACCCAACAGCUACAGUCCCCCGAAAUUACCACUAUGGGCCACCAGUGGGGUAUGAUGACUACCGCAGCGGCCCACCCUCUGAAACCUAUGCCAGCCUCAACCGAGGAGCCCGCAUGGAUGAUCGCUACAGACCCGUGGAUGGCUACCGAACAUUGGACUCUGGCUACCGUGUCCACGGCAGGCCCCAGCAGGACCCAUACGCUGCCCAACCACAGGUAGGACGCAUGGGCAGUGCCAUGGAAAUCUCUGGCUUACAGCGAUUUGUUCCAGAGCCCUACGGACUGGAGGACGACCAGAGGAGUCUGGGAUAUGAUGAGCCGGAUUAUGGUAUGGGGCCCUCUAUGCACUACAGUACCAUGCCCCGGCUAGGACAUCAUGCUCCGCCUCCACGCAGGACUGGAUCCUACGAGGGUACUCUGGAUGUGGAUAUGAGUGGAGCAGGGGAUAUGUAUUAUUGGGGUGGCGGAGCUCCUCUGGCUCAGGGAGAAAGGGGUAGCAUGGCGUCGCUGGACAGCACACUGCGUAAAGGCCCUGCCCCAACAACAUGGAGGCAGCCCGAACUGCCUGAGGUCAUUGCUAUGCUGAACUAUCGUCUGGACCCAGUCAAGAGCAAUGCUGCUGCUUACCUUCAACAUCUCACGUUUAAAAAUGAUAAGGUCAAAUCAGAAGUAAGGCGCUUGAAGGGCAUUCCCGCUCUGGUGUCCAUGUUGGACAACCCAAAGAAGGAGGUGCAUCACUCCGCCUGCGGAGCUCUGAAGAACAUCUCAUAUGGACGAGACCCUGACAACAAAAUUGCCAUCAAGAACUGUGAUGGAAUCCCCGCUCUGGUGCGCCUGCUGAGGAAGACCAGAGAUCAGGAUCUGACUGAUACCAUCACAGGUACUCUGUGGAAUCUGUCAUCUCACGACUCGGUGAAGAUGGAGAUUGUGGACCAUGCGCUCCACGCACUGUCUGAUGAAGUGAUGGUGCCACACUCAGGCUGGGAGAGAGGGAACGAUGGAGGAGAGGAGAGCUGCAAGCCCCGCCACCUGGAAUGGGAGACGGCUCUGACCAACACUGCUGGCUGUCUGAGGAAUGUGAGCUCGGAGAGGAGUGAGGCCAGGAGGAAAUUAAGAGAAUGCACUGGCUUGGUUGACUCGCUCAUGUACAUCGUCCAAUCCCAGAUUAACUGUAAAGAUGUGGACAACAAGUUGGUGGAGAACAGUGUGUGUCUUUUGAGGAAUCUAUCCUAUCAGGUGCAUCGAGAAGUGCCAGGUUGUGAGCGUUAUCUGGAAACCGCACCUGUCAAUCAAGGCCCUGCCCCUGCCAGUCAUAAGGGUAGCUGCUUCAGCUCCCGCAAGGGCAAAGACGAGUGGUUUUCCAAAGGCAAGAAAGAUGAUGAUGGAAUCACAGACUUAAUUGACAUUCCAAAGAGGACCUCACCAGCCAAAGGUUAUGAACUGCUUUUCCAGCCAGAGGUGGUUCGAGUGUACACGUCACUGCUGAAGGAGAGCAAGAAUCCUUCUGUUCUAGAGGCUUCUGCAGGAGCUCUCCAAAAUCUGUGCGCAGGCCGCUGGACUUAUGGACGUUAUAUCAGGGCAGUGAUGAGACAGGAGAAAGGAUUGCCCAUGAUGACUGAGCUGUUGAGUCACGGGAAUGACCGUGUGGUCCGAGCCAUGUCUGGGGCCCUGAGGAACCUGGCUAUUGAUGCUCGCAAUCGGGACCUUCUUGGAAGGCACGCUAUACCUAACCUGGUGGCGAACCUGCCGGGUGGUGGACAGAGUCAGCCUGUGCGUAACCUGUCGGAAGAGACCGUGGUUUCGGUGCUCAGCACUCUGGCUGAGGUGGUCGGCUCCAGUGUAGACGCAGCCAAGAUCCUGCGCAGCUCACAGGGCAUCGAGAGGCUUGUGCUCAUCAACAAGGAUGGUAACCGUUCCGAUAGGGAGGUACGUGGCGCCGGCCUGGUGCUGCAGAUUGUGUGGGGAUUUAAGGAACUGCGGCGCACACUGGAGAAAGACGGCUGGAAGAAAUCAGACUUUGUGGUCAACAUGAACCCUCCCAGCAACACGCGCACUAACGGAGGCUACGAGGACAGCAGUACCCUGCCACUCAUUGACAGAGGAGGAAAGCAGGACAGAGACAGAAACAUGAUUCCACUGAAUGACUUGAGAUCAGACUCCUAUGCUACACUGGACCAGAGAGGACGGAGGAACACUUUGGAUGACACUCUAGAACCUGCAGAGAAUGAUAUUCAGGGAGGGAUGUAUGGGGAGAGGCGGGGCUCCAUGCCCUUGUUGGACUCUUACGACGGUUAGGCCACUCCCCCUCACCCCACUCAGUGCAUGAGCGAGCAUGAAAAACUGAUAGUGUGCAUUACUCGUGGUGAGCACCCUGUUCCUGCCUAUUGUCCCUGCUGAACCUCGUCACGAUGGGACCACAGCCACUAAUCAAUGACGCAAAGGAUCUCUUCCUCCAUCAUUAUCCCUUCUUUCUUACUCUCACCUUUUGCUUCUUGAUCUGUCUCCUAAGAUCCAAAUGACCAACUGCCACUACUAGGCAAAGACUAUGUAGUCAUUUUUAUUUUCUUCUGAUACUUUAAAUCCAUGCCACUUUUUUUUCUUUUCUUUUUUUAAACUAAAACACAAGAAACUGAAAAACACCAUAGAACUGGAGUGGGAUUUUUUUUUUAUUUUUUUUUUAUCUUUUUAAGUUUUCUCACAUUCUUUUAUUCUUUAACACUACAUACUGUGCAUUGUGCCCUAAAAUGAGUGAGAUCACUCAAGUUAUUUCUGCAUUAUGAUCUGGUUUAGGUCCUGCUACAUUGGCAAUUUUUCUUAUUUACUUUACAAUUUUAUUCAACAUGACUCUAUACAGUAAGUAUUCUUGCUACCACUAAGUUUGUCGUCAUUGUAUUGCCCCUUAAUGUCUUGAAACACUAAUGACCUUAUUAUAAAACACACAUUGUUUUUUUUCCUUUGGCAGUUAUGUAGCUGUAAGAUUGGUCUGCAUUUAUGUUUCCAUUUUUCUGUGCUGAUGAACAUUUUAUGCCAAAUUUACACCACUGUCUUGUGAGUUACAAUUAAAAACUUAAAUGUAGUAUAUAUGUAUAGUAUAUUAAAUCAUCUCAUAGACGAUUUUGGGAAAGGAAUAUAGGGGUCAUCUUGUAAUGAAACUGUUGCCUAACACAAUUUCCCACUCUGAGCAUAUACUGCUAUUUUUUGCAGCCCGUGUUUUUUUUUGUGUUUUUUUUUUUUGGUCGUAAUAGUGCAUUGACUCUCUGAGGAUGCUGCUGAUGUAGAGGUGUGAAGUAGAUAUUACUGAUGGGCAAAAGGUUGAGGGGUAAUGCUUAUGGGAAGAGAAACCUGUGUUCCAGUUAUUGGUUGUCUAAAUUCAGCAUCCGUAAAGACAAUUGAAAGGCAUUUUUAAAAUUUUAUCAGAUGUUUAAGUGGGUUAUUUGGGACAUGACCACUUGGUUCCCUUCAGAUCUCCCCUUUGGCAGGGUUAACAGCAGAGCUGGUUUUAUAUUCAGAGCUGGAGCACUCUGGAUUAAAUGUUGAGCCCCUCUGGAAAAACAGCAUGAAGAACAGCAGAACACCACCACCACUCUGUUGGCCUGUUCUUGCUUUCGGUUUCCCCUCUGAAUAUAGACAGAUAUGUAAAUAUAAGGGCGAAUAACGAAUCCACCGUUCUUAAUCGGAGUGCCUCACUCAUUGAGCAGCCCAUGGGGCUUGUGUGUGUGUGUGUGUGUGUGUGUGUGUGUGUGUGUGUGUGUGUGUGUGUGUGAGAGAGAGAGAGAGAGAAUGUCUGAGUGUAGCUUUAAGAAGAAUGUGUGAGGUUUAAGGAGUUUGGCCUCCAGUGCCUGUUUGUGUUGCGUUGGAAGUGAACGAAGGACCAUUGAGGGUUGGCUUUACAUGACGAGCAAAGUGCUCCUUCUGUAGACUGCGUAUUCAAUAUGCACAGUGUCUGAUGUAGAUAUUUGCUAAAUGGAUACUCUAGCGCUAGGAUAUGUGGGGUUUUUUUGUUUGUUUUUUUUUUUUUUAACUUUUUUUUAACCCCUUCCUUUCAUUGGGAUUAUCCCCAAACUGAUUUUUAAACCCAUCUUUCCCCCCUAUGUGAGACACUACAGUUCAGCAUGACUAAUUCAACAAAAGCAGAGCUUUUAUGCAGAAAGCAUCCAGCAGCAGGCCAUGAAGCGGUGGACAUUUUGAUUUUGAGGAAAGUGAAAGCCUUUCUAAAAUCUUGACACAAUUGCAUCUAUUACAAGCGAAAUUGAGGGAGAGCUCAGAUUUUGAUUCUAGCUUGAUAUUUAGAGAAAAAUUUAAAGCACAUUUAACUAUAUAUACCAGAGACUAUUUGCUAAUUUUAAUUAUUUGUUUCCUCUCAGUUUUGUGUCUUUCAUUUUUUAUAUUUUAUGAUUGGGAUCAUUUUUGUUUUUCUGGGGUUGUUGUGGGUGAAUGCAUAUGCAAUCAAUGUUAUUUUUAAUUAAAUGCAUUUACAGUUUAUACCUUAAUUAAAAACAAAAGGAAAAAAUUGUGUCGUGUAUUGUCGGUUGUGCUACACUUUAUAUGCAACAAAAUCAGAUCAUUCUCUUAAUUUCAUCUAUCUGCCUUGGCUCUGAAAUAUCGCACCUUUGUUUCAUGGAUUAAACAUGUAACGUAGCAAUACCGUUUUUAAUAAAAGAAUGAUUUUUUUUUUCAAA